ACCGGUGGGAGUGGGUGUGUUGGAGCAGCAAGCAGGCGUGCUACAGCGACGCAAGUCCUUUAAAUAAAUAUUCUCUUUUGGCAAUUAGUUUGGUGCUUCCGGACAAGACUGACCCAAAUGUCUUUUACGUGCGUUACCACCAAAAGCAGCAGCAGCAGCAGCAGCAGCAGCAACAGCAGCAGCAGCAGCAGCAGUGGCCCUGGCAGCAGCAGCAGCAGCAAAUUGACCUCUUCUUCCGCCGCGUUGACCGCAGCAGAGAUCUUUGGGCGGAUGGACUUUUCGAAUUUAUCGACAAGCUCAGGGCGUAUUUAGACUUGUGCGCGGCAACCCCUGAAGAGGCCCCGCGGCACCGCGUCAAUGAGAAGCAAAAGCCCAGAAGGAGACACACAGCAGCAGCAGCAGCAGCAGCAGGAGGCAAAGAUGCAGCAGGCGAAGGUGCUGAAAAAGCAAGACACUCAGUGCGGUGUUUGCCCAGCCCCCGGUCGAACGUAGUCCCCUCUCCCCGCCGCCCCAGCAGCACUGCUUUGAUGCUGACGGACUUGAUGUACACAACAGAAACUGGAACAGCAGCAGCAGCAGCAGCAGCAGCAGCAGCAGACACGGACUCAGAUUCAGACACAGACAAAGACGCGGUCUCAACUAAUUCUUCCUCUUAA